AUGCAUAAUUAAUUACUAACUAAUAGAUCUAAUGUCAAAUCUGAUCGUAUUUCCAAGAUCUUAUCAGCCUAUACUGUUGAAAAUGAAAAGAAUAAUCAACAAAGUUUUAGAAUGUUAAGCUAGAAAAUUAAAAGCAAAGUAAAUAUCUGAGAUAUAAAAAGAUAGGAAAUCAAAUUAGUGAUCAUCAAUCUCUCUAUCCUAAACCAGAUAUAAAAGACACUAAAAUUGAAAUCUCUAAAUUUUUUAGUGAUCAUAAAAAAACUCAAAUCUAAAUCAGUGUUAAAGAUUUACUUAUGCAUAAAAGUUAAAUGCAAAAAUCACUAUCCAAAAAAUCUAGAGAUUCCAACCAACGAUAACAUGAAAUCAUUGAAAAAUUGAAUAAAACAUAAAAUGAAAUCUAUAAGAAUUACAUUGCCAAAAGAGAUUCUAAUGGAUCAAAAACAUAUAGAGACUCAAGUAAUUUCAGCCUCUUUACUUAGGGGAUUUGGAUAUCCGUAUCAAGUUGAAUGAUAAAAGUACUUAAUCCCAACAAGCCUUACUCUAAACACUCAUCAAUAAGAGCAAUGAAAAAAAGUCAGUUGAACCCAGAGAUUCCCCAGAUCUAUGUCGCACUCCAUAACAUAAUAUGCUUCAAUCUACUAUUUAAAAUAGCUUACUUAUACGUUCAGGAAGUUAAGGCAACGUUGCUAGUACCUCGAAAUUAAAUAACAAAAUGCCAGAUUCUAAACUUAAUAAAAUAAAAAACUAUCUUGAAUAAGCUAAAACUCAUCGACCAAUCACUGAUUCUUAUAAAUUGAGUCAAGAAAUUGAUAAAGUUAAAUAGAGUAAAUUAGUUUAAGUUGAAAGAAAUAAACUUCUAUCCAUACUAAAAAUAGCAUAUCGAGCUAAAACUAAAAUAGAUUAAUUUAAUGAAUAUUUGAAAUAAUAAGAAAAAAUUUCAACUGCAAUCUAGAGUUUCUUAUUAAAUGAAUGUAUUUAUUAAAUCUUAUUUUAGUAUCACCUGAAAAUAGUAUUGAAUCAAUCUUAUCUUUGGAAUGA